AUGGCUUCAGGAAAUUCAGACGUUCUGUAUAAAUACGAGUCCAUGAGAAUCAAAUGGAGUCGAUGUUUUGAGGAAGUUAGAAAUGAUCAUGUGGCUGACUCGAUCAAAACGUUCUUCCGCAAUUUUCAUAGAAAUCACAGAGGUUUUACCUUCGUGGUUGGGGAGCUGUAUGAUGGCACAACUCAUCUGUUUGUUAAGCAGUCUAGAUAUCGACAAAUCAAGAAUGAGAUAGAGGAACGAGUUGAUGAGACUUUGCCAGACGUCGCACAGUUCAGGGAUGUUACAAUUAUAAAAAGAAGAAUAUCAUUUCAAGGUUUUCAGUCGUAUCGAGAUUUUGGCAACAUCCUCAAAGAAAAAAACCUGGAAGUCGAAAGAAGGUUCGUAAACCGUUUUGUAAUUAAAUUCGGGGUUAAGCAAACUGAGUCGUUGGCAGCAGCCUGCUUAGUUCGUUUGCUGAUCUCUAGUUCAAGUCAUGCCAAAAGAGCCGGGGGAGAGAGGGCUUGCUGGCGAAGGCUUUGUUGACGCGUAGAAAAUUCUUGUUUUAUACGGCAUCAAGCCUACUAGUCGCGACUUGUUUCAUUAUAAACGGAUUGACAACGUUUCUUCUGAUAGCACUGUGGAACAUUGACUGUUCUUAAUAUUGAUAAUAUCCUUACAAACUGAUGUAACUUGUAAAUUUUUGGGUUGUGCACUGUUCCCUGUCGAAAAAACAAUUGAGGAAGAAUAUGUUACGGCAAGUUCCUAAAGGAUGAUUACGAAAAUAAAAAUCUACCAAUUAGUUACUGGGAUCUAUUACCUCAUUUUCUAUAUGUGAAUAAAAAUAUAAUACUAUAAAUUCAAUGGUUUUUAGUGGAACGGUUGCCUGAAGAUGUUAUUCAUUUUAUGCCAGGUGUUGUCGUCAGUUAAAGGAUUUUUCGUUUACGCUCUGUUUAACCUUAUUCCAACGGUUCCGGUUGCUGUUAAGGGAGCUUCGAUUGGGAAAUCUUGAUUUAGAUUUUGAAAUCGGGAUUUCGGAUAGUUACUGUAGCUAAGGCUUGUCUGCUUCUAAACCGUUAUUUUCUGAUAAUUUUUAGAAGAUAUGCAGACGCAAGAAAAAGUGUAAGAAAACUACGCAGGACUCUAAGAGCAGAUCCAAAUGCCCUGAUUUUGGCAUUUGACCUGGAAGUUUACGAACAUGACCACAGUAUCAUCUUGGAGAUUGGCUACGCUAUGACAACCUUGAACAACCCGAAAAAGAUGCAAACGUUCCACUACAUCAUUAAAGAAAAUCUAAGGUAUGUGAGCAGUUGGAACUGCUAAGAGGGAAAGCCUCAUGAAAGCCUUGAGAAUUUUCAGGCCGAGGUUGAAAAUUACCAUAUCCUGUUGAUUUAAUUUACUAAAGAUUUCACACUUGUGUGCUGUAUGCUAAGAAACGUAUGUACCUCAGUGUAUUCAAGAUAUGAACGUUUACUUCGGGUGGAUAUAAAGGACUGUAUCUUGGUCAGCAGUGACGAAAGGAGAUUAACUAAAUAGGGGACUAGUGCUUAUCACGUCAUGUUACAGAACCGAACAAAGCGACGGCUUACAACUGAACGAUUGGGCCUUUCUUGAUUCUUUGGGAUUUUACUACCUUCUCACUGCCAAUAACAAUAAUAAUAAUAAUAAUAAUAAUAAUAAUAAUAAUAAUAAUAAUAAUAAUAAUAAUAAUACUUAAAUUAUCUUCUUCCCUAUGGGGCUUAUCAGGGAUAAUCAGGGAACAAAUAAUUUUAAAUGGAACAUAAAAACAUGGUUAUAAAUCCCAACGGGUAGGAGACGAACCAGUUGGCUAUUUUACAAGCUUGACCGAGAAUUUGAACUCGGGACAACCGAGAACAAAUCCAGCUGGCGGUCCAGCGAAUUAACCACUCGACCAAGCUUCCUCCUACCAAAAACAGAGCAAGUAUUGGUAUUUAUUUUGCAUAAUUUUACAGGUACGCAAACAAAGAUUUUGUGCCUGAUAACAGGGAUCACUUCAUAUUUGGCACCUCAAAGCGCAUGUCUCUUCGAAAAGCAGCUGCAAAAAUCCAGGAGCACAUUGCGGACGCUGAUUUCGUAGUUACUCACUCUGGAGCACAUGAUACAGAGUUUCUAGACAGCUGUGGGGUCUCCAUAUCAGGGAAGCUCAUGUUCGACACUCAGAUCCUUGCUACGGCGUUACUUCCAGACGGACCACCGCUCUACAGUCUGAAGCGGCUGCUGGAAGACUUGGAAAUUAAAUUUCAUGAAAAGAUUCUCCAUAAUGACGGAAAUGAUGCUGUCUAUACUAUGAAGGUGUUUCUAACUUUGACGCAGCAUGCACUUUGA